ACACGCACACUAUCACACAGCUACAGCGUACGCGUGCAUUAAAUUAACCUUUUUUGUUUCCUCACUUUCCGGAGUGCGAAACUCGUAUCUCUGGGUCCUUUUCCGAGUCAAUUUCCAGCACAAUAUGGACCGUAUAAUGUCCACCAUUGUGUAGCAUCAUCGUUUAUCCUUGCCCUCCAUCCGAAGUCCAGUUGCCCCCUCCGGUUCCAACCAGACACUUCCAAAAAAGGUACUUUUCGUGCCCUAGGGUAAGAUGCAUUCGUGUUGAGAAACAGCCAAUACACCUGAAGUAGUUGCAUUUCGUGCUGAAGUUUCGCGGUGAAAUUGUGUUCAAAAGUGCCAAACUUUGGGUUGAUGAUUUGCGUUGCGUUAUCAACGAUUAGUUGUGCUGUACUUUCUUAUCUUUCCCGCAACAUAGUGGCUUGCAGAUAGUGGUUAAAUAGUGGUGCAUCAAAGUGAUUAUACCGUUUCAAGUCGUUCAUUUCAUUAUGGUGAUCGCGGCAUUCACUGUUCGGUAGUGACCUGAAUGCUGCUGUUUCUGUGCGCGAGAAGCGAAGAUUAGCCUCACCAACUCGCCACUGAAAAAGGGCUAUUAAAACCGACUCAAGGCUACAGAGCCGUAAAUUUUUCGCCAACCAUAAAAAGAACCAGUUCAGUGCUGCAGUGCUGUGUGUGCGGUGAUUCGUGCACAAGAAGACGAGUUUCUUGAAGUUCCGGAGCGCAGAUUAAACCCCGAAAAGAAGCAGUGCAGAAAAGGCCGAAAAAGAAAAGCGAGGAGGCUUGCUUCAACGCUGAAAUUCUUCUCUCCAGUUAUGGAAUGAGGACGAAAGUCCAGGAGAAGAAAGGAAAAAUGUCAACGGAUGAACAGCAGCAGCAGCACCAGCAGCAGAACCAAAUUCCCAACAUUGCCGGAACGAUCCUUAUCGGCGGUAUCGGUGGCCUAGAUGGUGGCCAGCAGAAGCAGGCACAAUCACAGCACAAUCAGCACCCACACCACCUACAGCAGCCGCAUCAUCUGCACAGCUACGCCCAUAUACUACCUCAUUUGCAUCAGUUCAGUACGAUGACCGGUUCAAACCCGGCCAGCCUGACCGGCGGCGGUACGGGCGCCUCGAAGCUACCCUCGAAAAGCUCACCCCUCGGACCGUCCCCGUUCCGGCAGCUGCUUCCGGUGACGCUGUGCAUCAUAUCGUUCGCGACCGUACUCAGCAUACUGAUUAUCUACAUGGACACCACGGAAAUACGCCAUCAACAGUUUCGGCUAAAUAUGUCGCGCGACUACGAUCUGAUGGGUGUACCGCAGGACAAUCCGGCACUCGUCAAGUACGUGCGGGAUAUACACAUGAAAAAGUACCCGAUGACGUUCAUGCGCAACGCGAAUGCACCGGUCGAGCAGCUGAACUUUACCAACCGGCACGAGCUGACACCGGAGAUGGCACACCUGAUAUCGGACCUGCUCGGCCGGAAGCGUUUCGGAACGUUCUUUCAAUCGCUAACCGGUAACAGUGACUCGAUGAUGACCGCCCCGUGGCUGGCGGAAACGAUGAACUGGGGCGGCUACCUGGUGGAACCGGAUCCGCGUAAAUAUUUUUCGCUACGCAAACAGAACGCCUUCCGGUCGAACGUACAGGUCAUACACGCGUGCCUAUCGCCGAACACGUACCCGAAGGAGGUUACGCUGCACCACGACGACGACAGUGAGGUACAGAUAAACAGCGUGCUGGACGAAGAGACGGAAUGGUUUCACCCGCGGGUCAAGUGCUUCCCAGUGUACACGCUAAUGCUGGCCGUCAAUCGAACAUCGAUCGAUUUGCUCAGCCUUGGCUGCCACGGACAGGAAUUGCAGAUUCUACAAACCAUCCCCUUCGAUCGUGUACACAUUAAAGUCAUCUCGAUCCAUCUGGUGCAUUACUACGAGGAGGACGAAAUGAUUAUCGAUGUUGAUGAGUACGUGCAGAGCAUCGGACGCUUCCUGAUGAGCAAAUCGUACAAGCUGGUACGCAGCAUGGAUCGCAACUUUAUCUACCAACAUUUGUCGGUGCUUUCGGCAGCCAAACAACGCCAGCGACAACAGCAACAGCAGCAAUCCUUCUCUGUGGCCGAUCAUAUGUUACAGUCCCAACAGCAACCUUCCAUACCAGCGCGUGGCAAUGCUAUUAGCUCCGAUGAAAAGCCCGAUGCUAUGAUGGCUAUCCGCAAGGGUCAGGAAAUUAUGGGCAAACCGGUCUCACUUGCACAACCUUCUUCGACAUCAACUACAACAGCACCAUCAACAACCGCCUCCACGACUCCAGUAUCGUCGACGAUUAGUUCCAACGGUGGUGGAAAUUUGGCUUUCAGCUCGGAACGAUUUGACAAACUAAUGUUGCUGCGUGGUGGAGACUCCGAACCGUUCGAUGGUGGCGAUUCGGAGUUUAGUGCCAGUUCAGCCGAUUCGAGUUCGCUCGUCGAGGACAACGACACAUCCGAUAGUGACGAUGCAAUGCAACAGGAGCAGGAUAAGCAGCUGCUAGACAAGGAACCGGAUGUUGAUCUGGAACAAACGGUAAUGACACAACCGCUGGAGGAGAUUGAAAAUGGAUCGGUAGGUGUCGAUGGUUCACCCGUACCUCCGAUGGUAACGUCGUUGAAAUGAUAGAAGAAAAUAUGAACCCACCAGAGAAAGAGAGAGAGAGAGAGAGCCAGUACGCUUGAAUCGAAUUUUAUCAACUUAAAGCUACCAGUCCAGCAUUCCACAUUCUUAUUGUUUACAACUUAGCUGGUUAAAUGGCCUCACGAUGAUGGUGUGAUGAUGUGUGGUUUUGUGUACGACUCUCGCGUUUUUAAAAGUUGUGCCCCCACCUUAUUGUCACACAUUAUUCGGACGGUGAUAGAGAAAAUUGCCUUAAUAUUUUCCUGCAUUAUUAUUUUUUCGCUUAAAGUUUUCAUUUAAUUGUAACGAUACGAAGCGCAUAUUGUACCGUUCAUGAUGGUAGAUUAAACUUUUUAUUAAUAGUAUCCGUUUACCGAACACCCAAUGCAAUGAAUUACAAAAAGGGGAAGAACGAACAAAUGGAAACAUGCAUUUAACUCAGAAUGAAAUCGCUUCCCGUUCGUUUUCCUGAUUGCCGGUGAAGUAAAUUUAGUUUUUCAAUUUGAAGCUUUUUUUUAAAACAAUUUCCUAAAUCAAUUAUCUACCUUUUUCCUGUAACAUUAGCAUAACAGCAGAUAGAAGAGCGAUAGAAAUUUAUUUUGAUAUUUAAAAGCUGGAAAGUUUUUUUAAAAAGAAAAAGUAGCAUUGAAUCAAGAAACGGAAAGCAAUACAUUUCUGUCCUAGUUAUUGCGUAGGCCGUAAAAAAAGGCAAAUAUCGUUUAUUUGAAUGUAACGGCAGCGCGUUAACACGUUAAAUGCGUUAUGAAAUUUUAAACACAUUUCUACAAUUUAUCUCUCGGAAGUUUCAAAGGAUGCGUGCAAAGGAUGAUGGUGCGCAAAUCCAAAUGAAAUAACGAUUCCUUUUAUACAAUUAUUACCUGUGCACUCGUUUGAAGCGUAUUUACAGAUAGUUACUAGUUGAAAGGAAGAGUAGAAUUUAUCUUGCGAACGGUUUGUUAAUUCACGCGACGCUAAAUAUUGAACAACAAUGCAGCAAUGGGCAAUUCGCGCGAUCGGUUUAUCUUUAUAUAUCUAUACAUAUAUUUAUAUACUAUUACUAUCGUUAAUGAAUUCUGCUCUCUGACAUAGUUUUUUUUUAUUCUUUCCCUCACACGUUGUUAGAUGUUAGUCCAAAACGGGUGUCUCUCUCCCGGUUACGAUACAUUAGCCUAAGGUGCCGAUAUCGUUUCCUUUCCGGCUUUCUUACAGUUAGGAAGUCAUUCAAAGCUCAACAUACGUGAUUUACCAUAUCAGAACGCUGAAUGAUUCCUAUUUUUUAAAAAAGAAAAACCUGUUUUGCUCAUUAUGAAAACAAACUCUAAUAUCAAAACUUCAGCCCCACGUCACAAACGGGGGAAAGACUGUGGGGAAAAGUUUUUACACAUAUAUAUGCAUAUUAGCUAUCCCAAUUGAGCGAAUGUUGGCAUUGAAUCUCAAGCACUGGAAUGGAAACAUAAAGGUGAACACGGUGAACACGAGAUAAAUCGAAUGUGACUGACCGAGACAAAAUGAGUAGUGUAAUGUAGUUUUAUACAUUCGUAACCACGGAACAAAAUCAUCUCCUUUUGUCCGGUUAGCAUUUCUUACCUAAACCGGUAUCCCUCUAUCGUUAAGCAAUUAGCAUGUAAGAAAGUGACAGUCCACAAGGGGUGCUGUGGUCCGACCUUACACUACUACUAGCCCGGAAGGAAGAAAAUGAACAAUCUCCGGACAAUGUAAUAAAGACGAACGAAACAUUUCUUUUACUUUA